AUGGGCUGCGGCGCCAGCGCGGUUCCGAAGAACAACUGCACCGACGAGCAGCGGAGAGAGCUGUGCGCAGAAAACGGCAGGCGGAUGUUGCAGCUGUGCGUGCCCCAGGCUCUGGAUAAAUCUUCGGAGGUCAAGGUCACGGUGCCGCAGCAGCUGGCGGGGUUCAAGGCGAGCGCGAACACCCUGCGCGACCACGCCGUGAAACUGAGAGAAAAGAAGGAGAAGGAGGGGACGAGCGACGGCGGCGCCGAGGAGGGCCAGGAAAAGAAGGCCGGGAUCGGUGGGUUCAUGGACAAGGUGACGGGUGCGAUCGAGGGCGUUGCGGAGAAGGCGGGUGAGUUGGUCGGUAAGGGUGUCGGGGCGGCAUUGGACGAGGCUGCCAAAGCAUUGGAUGCCGCAGUGGACAAGCUGGAGAGCCCCAUGAGCACGGUCGGCCGGGACAUCGUCGAGGCAAAGAAGGCCGAGAUCGCGAAAGUCUACGAGGAGGUUAUCCCGACUGUGCUGGUGGAUGCCGAAGUGCCCGUCGCGCUGGUCCGCGGGGAGCCCCCCUACGGCCUGAAAGAGUACCAGGCUGUCCCGGGGUCCGCCCUCAGCGACAAGCUGACGAGCUUGUCGCGCGACAAGUUGGCCGAGCAGCUCGAGCCCGUGGUGAAGCCCGCGCUGGACGAGCACAGUGCGCUCAAGGCGUUCUCCGCGGCCAUGAAGGCUCACGAAGCUGCGGUUGCCGCCUCCGCCAAGCUGAGUCCGUCGGGCACAGCCUUGGAGAAGGUCGAGUUCGACCUUGGCAAGCACGUCAUCCAGGAGGUCAUCAGCAGGCUGGGGGAGCUUAUUGCAAAAGAGGAGGCGGAAAUCCGGAAAGCUCCCGGCGGGAAAUGGCCAGAGGAUCCACAGAUCUUCGCCACCGUCUUCUCCGGUGAGCAACUCACUGCAGACACUUGGGCGGGCACUUUCAAGGCAAGGAAAGGGUUGAAGUGA